GUACGUUUUAUGCAGACCUAGAUACAUGAGAAGCUUGGGGAGCUUACCAUGGCACGCACUUGUGUCCCUAUGUCAAUUGAAGCACCCUGCCUCUCAUAGUGCUAGCGUAGACGUUAUUCGUCUAGGUUCGGGUUUACGACCCUCGUUGCGUACACGCAGAUUCAUUCAUUAUCAAUCUAUACCCCGAACCAUCUACGAAUUGUCCGUGGCUCCUCAUGCCCUGAAGCUAAUCACCAGGCAGAUCACACCGCCUUCCUCCUCCCUGAAUAGAGGUGGAGAACCUUUACACUCGAACAUGGAAUGUCUAACCAACAGCCGGUGAGGUAGGAUACGCUGACUCAACCAAAAUGUUCCCAUUCAUAAUUUGUGCGUUGCAUAAUCGCAUUCAAUUCGACAGAUUGGCUUUCGUCUCCGUGAACUUUCGCAAAAUACCGUAAAAGGCAAACUUCAUCGACUCCAUGGUACCUGCCUGAUAAGUACUUUUCGUUAAUAGACUGUCAGAUGCCUG